AUGUCCGCCGAGCCACCGCAGAAAUUCACGAUCUCUAAGCUGCCGCUGCCCCCGACGUCUCAUGUCCUCACUCACAAGCUCACCCCGGACAACCGCGUCCCGACGGUGGACGCAUUUCGGAAAGUGCUGAGGAACGAGAAGGUUCCGGAACUCGAGGACAAGACGGGUCCGAGCAUACAGCGACGCGCUCGUUUGCUGGAUCCUCCCUGCCACUUCGCAUACGUAGCGCCGUUACCUCUCGGCUUCCCGUACGAGAUCACGCCGCCGGAGAACGAGGAAGAGAUAGAGGACAAAGGAGCUUGGGUGGAGAAAUGGCUGGCUGACAGAGAGGCGGUGAAUGGUACGGCUGCAGAACCAAAUGGAGACGCAAACGGUGCCGGACAUUUGGGAAGCCGUCUGCGAAUCUACUACCCCAAGAACCGCGAUCAACCCCGGGAGCUCAUCGGCCUCUCUGAAACUGGCCUCAGGGACUGCCUCCCUCACUUGGAUGUUGGAGAUGCCUUCGCCGUCUUGGGUACACCCACGCUUGCUCACUCUUUCGAGGACGAGGAGAUACAGGAAGGUGACGAGGCACAGAAGAACGCACGUCAAGAACUCAUCGACAUCGUCAGUGGACACGCUACGCUCAUGUCUGACGAAAAUUCGGACAUGAACUACGCACCCUGGUCUCUGCGUUACAGCGGUCAUCAAUUCGGCUCGUGGGCUGGUCAACUUGGAGAUGGUCGUGCCAUCAGUUUGCUCGCGACUCCGCAUCCGGCUUCACCUAAUCAACCGGAUCUUUCGUAUGAGUUACAGCUCAAGGGUGCCGGUAGGACGCCGUUUUCGCGUUCAGCGGACGGCUUAGCCGUUUUGCGAAGCUCUGUACGCGAAUUUUUAUGCUCCGAAGCAAUGCACGCGCUGCGCAUUCCCACUACGAGAUCGCUCUCGCUUGUCUCUCUACCCGCGCUCUCCGUAUAUCGAGAGCGGGUCGAGACAGCGUCCGUGUUAUGUCGCGUCGCGCCCAGCUUCCUGAGGAUCGGCAGCUUCGAGGCUUUGAACCCGCCAAAGGUACCCCCGAAGAUGACCUCGACCGCUAACAAUCUCACAGGCAUGUUUUUCUUUGGCGGCGGGCAGCAAAAGGCCGACUACGACGCGCUGCGCAUCCUUGGCGAGUGGGUUGCGAAGAAGGUUUUGUUCAUGGACGUUAAGGAGAACGAGGCGUGGGGCAAGAAGAUGCUGUUAGAGAUUGCGAGGCGUAAUGCGAGGAUGGUGGCGGGUUGGCAGGCGUAUGGGUUUAUGCACGGAGUAAUCAACACGGACAACGUCUCGGUGCUGGGCCUGACUAUUGAUUACGGUCCAUAUGCAUUCAUGGAUGUGUUUGAUCCUUUCCAUAUUUGCAACCAUAGCGACGAAGAAGGACGCUAUAGCUAUCAGAAUCAGCCGAGCAUGAUUUUAUUCGCCAUGCGCUCACUUCUAAACGCACUUGCGCCUCUGAUUGGAGCGGAGGCCGAACUGGGUAAGGCGGUUGGCCCUCAGUGGGCCUCCGAAAAGUCGAGCGACGAGAUUGCAGCGUGGGCGGAGAAGGGUGUGGAGGACGUUCAGGACGAGCUUCAGCAGGAGUUCCAGCAGAUAUGCGCAGAAGAGUACGGCAGACUCAUGCACCAGCGUCUUGGCCUUAAAGGGCAGGAGCCGACGGACGAAGCUGAAAUUGUUCGGCCGCUGCUGGAUCUGAUCAAGAACCACAAGCUUGAUUUUCAUUCGGUGUUCCGGAAGCUCGCCUAUUUCCGUCCGAGCCUUCUGGAGUCUUCAGCUCACGUCGACGGAGAGGCAGCUGGAAGCUCGUCAGAGCCAAACACCGGGGCGACGCAGAGCCCGCUUGAGAAGUUCCUGUCUGCCGUCCUGAGUCAGACACCGUACGAACUGCUAGACAGGGCACAGGCCGCGAAGGAUGUUUUGACGUGGCUGGACAAGUACGCGGAGAGGCUCGAGCGGGAUACGGCGCAGUGGGGCGAGGAUGCGGAUGCGAAGAGGCAGGAGGCUAUGUUGAGCGUGAACCCGAGAUUCAUCCUUAGGCAGUGGGUGUUGGAGGAAGUCAUCAAGAAAUGCGAGCAAGACGUGGACAGCGGGAAGAGGGUAUUACGGAAGGUGCUGCAGAUGGCAUGCUCGCCGUACGAGAAGUGGGGUGCUGAAGAUCAGGUUGAGCUCUCGGACGAUGUCGAUAAGGAGGUAGCGGAAGAACGGCGGUAUUGCGGUAUGGGCGAGAGGAAGAUGCUGGGCUUCCAGUGCAGUUGUUCUAGUUGA